CAAGGUUAGCGGAUAUCUAAAAUCCAAAACAGUACUAUUGAAUCCAAUGCUGGAUGAAACUAUGUGAUAGCUUGUGUUAUCAUGCUUUCGACAUUGGCCGUGCUCGGGUAUAUUGCUGCACUCAUGGCACCAGUGAUGUGCUGUCUUUCUGACGAAUAUGAAACAAGGGACGGGGAAUGCUGCUCACCAUGUCUCGAAGGUUCAGUUGUUCAAAGAGACUGCACACAGAAGUCAGGCACACGGUGCAGCGCCUGUGUGAAUGGGACUUAUAUGAACCAACCCAAUGGCCUGAGUAAAUGUUUCCUCUGCACCUCCUGUGAUCAAGGUCAUGGUCUCUUUGCCCAACAGGAGUGCACAACCACAACUGACACAAUUUGUGAUGUUUUAAGUGGCUAUUUCUGCAAACAUUUGAUGGAUGAUGCAGGAUGUAGUUUAGCAAAAAAACAUUCUCCAUGUGAACCUGGUCACAGGAUAAAAGUACCUGGAACCAGCAGAAAUGAUACAGUGUGUGAACUUUGUCAGCCAGGCCAUUUUUCACAGGAUGGCUGGAAUUGCACGGCUUGGACUAGUUGCUCAGAAACCGGAUUUAAGAUGAAAGAAGGAAGCAGCAGCAGUGAUGUUGUCUGUGGAGCUGCUUCAAGAGAGCAUUUCUAUUAUAUACCGCUUAUUAUGGCCACGCUAUUAUCAUUAGAACUUGUGAUCGCAGUUUACAGAAAUAUACUGAACUCCUUUCCCCCUCAUCUAUCCACUUAGCUCGCGACCUGAUAUUUGCUCCUCUGGCCUUAUUAAUGUAAAUGUUGUCUAAAGAAGAGUGCAGAAGGAUUAGUUGUUGUUUGUCAUCUUUGUAUAAUAAAGGUUUAUUGCAAAUAUUGUUUACUUCCUUCACAA